AUAAUGACUUCCCUAUACCUAUCCCCAGCCAAGUGCGCAUGCUUAUCGGAAGAAGCUCUUCCCCUCCUUUCUUUCUUCUAGAUAUGUACUUUUGACUUGGUUGCAACGCCGCAUACGAGUAGAAGAAUCGGACAUGAACCGUCCUUGGUCGAGGAAUUGAAGAGAGAGGAGUAGAAACAAUGGCUGAGAAGGGAGUGAAGCUAUUUGGAAUGUCGUUGAGCCCCAUGGCCUUGAGGGUGGAAUGGGCUCUCAAGCUGAAAGGGGUCGAGUACGAGUAUGUGGAUGAGGAUCUGCUCCACAAAAGCGAGGAGCUCCUUCGCUACAAUCCGGUGACCAAGAAGAUUCCUGUUCUCGUUCAUGACGGGAAGCCGAUGGCAGAGUCGCUUGUGAUCAUCGAGUACGUCGAUGAGGUGUGGAAGGAUGGUUACCCCAUCAUGCCCAAAGACCCCUAUGAAAGGGCGCAGGCUCGUUUCUGGGCCAAGUUUGUGGAAGAUAAGAUAAACCCAGCAAUAUAUGCAGUAUUCUGCACGACCGGGGAGCAGCAACAGAAGGCCUUACAAGAAGCUCAGGAGAGCUUCAUGACUCUCGAAGUGGCCCUCAAGAGCAAGAAGUUUUUUGGAGGGGAGAUGAUCGGGUUUGUAGAUAUCGUAGCCGGCUGGUUGCCUUAUUGGCUUAGAAUAAUCGAGGAGAUCGUCGGCGUCAGCAUAGUGAAUGAGAACAUCCAGCCUUUAAUCAAUGAAUGGUUUGAUAAUUUCUUGGAAUUAGAUUUGGUGAAGGGGAGCUUGCCCCCUAAAGAUAAGAUCUAUGCUAUUAACAAGGCUCGCCGAGAACAAUUACUUGCAUAACAAAUCUCCUAUAAAACUUGCUGUUGGCUAUAUAUUGUGCCUGAACUAAAGCUUAUUUGGGACUAUGGAAGGAUGCUUGUACUUUGAAUGAUAUAUUUAAUGAAAACUAGCAAGUACUUAAUAAAUAAAAUUAGGAGGGAUAUACUCCUCUGUUGUGAAUGAA